AUGUUCAAAGAACAACCCAGACGCUCUCUCCUCUUCCCCAAGUUCCUCAUCCCCUCAUUCCCCAAGCAAAACACCACCACUCCCUCCUCCCAAGCUCCCUACCCCACCGCCACUUCUCCAAAGUACCUAGACGGCCACCUCUCCUACCUCCGCUGCACCGACUGCGCCGCCCACCUCUGCCUAACAUCCCAGAUCAUCAGCAAAGGUUUCACAGGCCGACACGGCCGCGCAUAUCUCGUCUCCGCAGAACCCGUCGCCAGCGCCGUAUCCGUCAGCGGGUCCUCCUCGCCAACUACAUCCCUCCCCAACACGAUCCUCCAGCACCCGGUCCCCCGACAGCUUGUCACAGGCGCACACACCGUAAGCGAUGUGAGCUGUGCAUUCUGCGGGAGCGUGUUGGGGUGGAAGUACGUUGCAGCAGAAGAGGAGUCGCAGCGGUAUAAAGUGGGCAAGUUUAUACUGGAGACGAAGAAGAUUACCGCCUCUUCGUGUUGGGAAGCUCCCUUUGAUGGGGGCAUUGAUGCGAUCGGGGCGGAGGGGGUUCAUGGAGGGUCGUCGGAUGAGUCGGGUUCUGUGGAUGCGGAGUUUGAUAGUCAGGAUGAGGAUGAGUGUGAGGAUUUGUUUGCUGGGAUAUGGAGUCCUGGGUUGGCGAAUCGGCGACGAAGUCGGAAGAUUGAACGACGGCCUGCGACUGCUUUGUUUGGGAUGUCGUGA